CAAACCAAACCAAAUCAAGAGCUGCACCAUUCGCCGGACACUCGUCGAUGGCUCUCUAAUGAAAAAAAUGGCAAAAACAAUCAGAGUAAUUGGCUGUGCUGCUGGAGUCACUGCGAUGCUAAUUUUGCUGCUGCCACUUUGCCUGCUCCGAAAUGACAGGCCAGCGCACCACGGUGAUGGCUACAGAAACUCCAAUAGAUCACAUCAUGAGGUCAGUAUUGCUGCUGCUUCUACUUCUACUUCUUUGCUGGGUUCUGGCCCAGCCAACGAUUCGUGGCGCCGGCAGCAGAUGUUGCAGCUGCAUCGACAGAAGCGCUAUCUGCUGUUCCCGGAGGGCAGCUCGUUCCAGCUGGUGUUCGACAUAAUCAUACCCAUUGUGGACUACACGAACUACGCCAUACUGGGCAUCACAUGUGCCGUGGCCUGGGAGCUGCCCAGCAAGGCGCCCAGCGAGCUGAUUGAAAACGUGCUCACUCGCAUCAAUGACGGCACCAUCGGAACUGUCCGUCGCAAUGGCAGUGCCAGCGGCCACGACUCGUACCCAUACCCAGACCCCAAUCGAAGCCCCCCUGCUAAUUGGCAGCCAGUGCACGCACCAUCGGCAGUACGUACAUCGCUGCCGCUGCCGCGGACACCAGAUCGUCCAGCACAGCAGGAGGGGCAGCAGCACCGACAGGCGACGUUGCCGGGUCCGGCUAAUUGGCAUGCGCGACAGUCGGUCGCAAAGUGGCAGCGACCGCGACCGAGUACGGGUGACGUAGACCCACCACCGCCGGACAAUUGGUGGCGGCGCAACAAGGACCGGCUGCAGCUGAAUUGGCGUGAAAAGCAAAGCAAGUGGAGUCCCAGCGAUGCCCAGUCAAAGUGGGACAUCGACUACACCCAACGUCCACGCCGAUUACUGAAAUCGCCGCCACAGCAUCACAUUUAUCCUGUUUUCGGCAAGCGACGGCGACGCCGACGCCGACGACGAGAACAGAGCGGGAUGGAGCGGGAUGCGCACUUUGAGGGUUUCCAUUUGCAGCAACAUCUCAGCUCUCGGCAGCUGCUCUUUGGCAAAAUCGAACGGCUAUAUAAGGCUCAGCAACUCAAUGGCACGGCCUGUGUGCUUCGAGCUCUUUGUGAGUCUGCCCAGAGGCAGCAGCAGCAGCAGCAACAGCAAUCAGGAGCCAGGAAGGCCUCUCAACCGCAAAGCUUUAUCAUGGAACUGCUGUCGGCCAUCUUUCAGCUGCCUGCCAGCGAUGAGGGCACUGAGGUGGAGGCACUGGCACUGGCGCACAUUUCGCCACAUUACCUGGAAGCGCAUCGCCAACAGGGAAACUGUUUACAACUCUACAGCGAUUGCCGGCACGCAUUUUGGUACGCUUAAA